AACCCCAUGGAGGUUGUAAACAUGGAUGCUUGAACUUCCAAAAAGCUACAAAAAGUUUCUUAUGUUUUACUUUUUGUUCUGAAAGAACAUCGCUUAUUUUCCUGAAAACUUUAUUUACGUCAUACCUCUUGAUUUUGUUGCGAAAACUGUCGUGUAAUUUGUUUACGUCAAGUUGUAAAUAAGUGGAAGUAAAAUCUAGAUUUAGUCAGAGCAGUUACAAAAAGAAAGCAUCCGGCAUCACAAUCAGAUGGGAUUAAAUUCGUCGUUAAACAAAGAUGACCGUUGAGCAGCCAGCUCUGCAAAGAUUUGGUCAAUAACCAAUAUAUCCAGACAGAAUACCUGGUGCCUCAUAAGACUGUAAGAUACUUGAUGUAAAAGAUACUCAAAAACUUCAUCCUGAGCUUGGAAAAUUAUAACAGGACAAACAACUACUUUCUAGAUGAAUGGUCUUUGGUGUCCAUUUGACAGUUGAUCAUUUGAUUAUGGUAGUGUUUAAAACACAAAAUCUGUAGAAGAUCACACUUAUGCUACAGUAAAAGAGAUAACCGGUAUCACAGAUAGAAAAAGGAUUUGUCAAGCCAUAGAGGCUUGCCGUAACAAUGAUGGUAAAUAUGAGGACACAGAAGUUGUCAACAUGCUUAUAUCAGACACUGCUGUAAAAGCCGAGAACACCAAUGAGAAAAAGAUGGCUAUAACUUACCCUAAAGAAAAGGACUCUGUAGAUGCAGUAGCAGGGCCUCAACAAAAUCUGAACAAAAACUCAAAAGGAGUGAUAGAUCUGACAAAUGUAAGUGAUACGAACGAGACCGAGGAUAUACAGAAAGCUAUAGCAGCCAGUCUCGCUGACAGCACAGGUCCGUAUCAACAAGAAACUACCCCAGGUAUUCUAGGUGGUCAGGUAUCAAGAGAGGAGCAAGAUAUCAGCAGAGUAUUAGAGCAGAGCCUGAUAGAGAGUAAGGCAGGUACUAAACGUAAACGAGGAGAUUUGUGGUUUGUUGAUCCGCUAAAUCCACACGAGAGAAAACGAAAUGAUGACUGGCCUAUCGGGCUGAAAAAUGUCGGAAAUACAUGCUGGUUUAGUGCUGUGAUACAGUCACUGUUCCUUUUGCGGAGAUUUCGUCAUCUAGUCCUUACUUAUCAACCUAAUAAAGAGGCUUCACAAACUGGAACAGGCAAUAUAGAGGUAAGAAGAAACCUGCGAUUUAUGCAAGAGUUACGUCACUUGUUUGCAUUAAUGGUGGGUUCUAAGAGGAAAUAUGUUGAUCCAUCUAAAGCUGUAGAUAUAUUGAAGGAAGCUUUCUCGUCUACUGUAGUCAGCAAUACCAGUGUAACAGACAGCCAACAGGAUGUCAGUGAAUUUCAACAUAAAUUAUUAGACUGGUUAGAAGAUGCAUUCAAGUCUGCUUCCAGGCCAUCUUCUCCUACUGAAAAGACAGAUAAUACCUCGAGUGGUGAGAAAACAUCGUGCAGUAACCCAAUGGUAGAUUUGUUUUAUGGUCAAUAUAGAGCUGAUGGUGUCAAUGAAGGUAAAGGUUUCAGCAAUGAAGAAACAUUUGGUCAGUUCCCACUACAGGUGAAUGGUUUCCGAGAUAUCCAUGAAAGUUUGGAGGCAGCAACUGCUCAUAGAGAAAUAGAAACUGUAAAUAGUGAAACUACACAAAAAUCGGGACAAGAGUUAUGGUUUACAAGAUUACCUCCUGUGUUGACAUUUGAACUAUCACGGUUCCAGUUUAAUCAACAAAUAGGUAGACCAGAGAAAAUACACAACAAAAUAGAAUUCCCUCAAGUUAUUUAUAUGGAUAGAUAUUUAGAUUGUAAUAGAAAUGAAACUCGGCAUCGUAGAGAGCAAGCUAAAAAGUUGAAAGAAGAACUAGUGUUAUUACAAGCUAAACUUGACAAAUUUGUAAAUUAUGGGUCUGGGGUAAAAAGAUUUCCGUUACAAGAUGUACUUCUAUAUGCCCUAGAGUUUGCUAAAUCUCGUCCAGACACUGUCCGUAAAUCUGCCAUUUUGUCUCAAGAUGUUGAUAUGGAGUGUCCGUCACCUAAUGUCAGUAUGAGUGUAGAUUCUCCGAUAAAAUCUCCAGCUGAUGUUGUCAUGGCACCAGUCACCUCACCCUCACCCCUCCAGUCUCCCGAACCCUCCAUGAAGUCGCCCUCCACCGCCUCCACUUCUCCUACCCUCCCUCAACCUAUCCCAGAUGUACCUAUGACACCAGUUUCACAGGGAACCUCAGCUUCAAGUACACCUCCUGAUAUUGCCAUGGGAAGUGACAGUGGGUCAUCUCCAAAUACAAAGUCUGAACACGGGCUUCGGUCUCCGCAGCCGAGACAUGUAACUGAGACAGAACUUGUUGUACUUCAGAAUUGUCUUCACAGAUGGAGAACUGAAGUCGAGAGUGAUGUUAGAGAAUUACAAGAAAACAUUAGUAGACUAGAAGAUUCUAUCAAUAAGAUGUACAGUGAUGAGGCUAUGACAAAGAAUGCAUAUCACCUCCAUGCUGUAUUAGUACAUGAAGGUCAAGCUGCGUCAGGUCACUACUGGGCGUAUAUCUAUGACUCAGCUAGCGAUCAGUGGCUGAAGUUUAAUGACAUCACAGUGAGUGAGGCAUCAUGGGAAGAGUUAGAGAAGGAGAGUGUCGGAGGAUAUCACAAUGCCAGCGCGUACUGCCUCAUGUAUAUUGAUAAAUCCAAGAUUGCCGAUGAGGAAGUUUCAGGAAAGCCGGGCUCCAGUAUGGCAUCUGACCUUGAGAAUUUACCUGAUGACCUUAAGGAGCUGGUUGCUGGUGACAACAAGGUGUUUGCUGAGGAGAUAGAGAAAUGGGAUAGAGACGUGGCUAGGAAAGCAUCGGGUGCUGGAGAUGCUGAUGUUACUAUUGUAUCUGAACAAAAACCUGCAUUGUUAUCACCAGCUAGUUCUAGCAGUACUGUAUCUACACAGACAGUUGUACAACAAACAUUACGACCAAGCUAUGCAAGUGUUCACGCCUACAUCUCCGCACAUGAGAGUUUGGCUGCAUUACGGAAGGUUCUAGAGUCAAACAUCUAUGACACUAGUGGUCCUAGGGAAGCCAUGCAAAGUGGUAUUGAACUAGAGCACAAAAGAAUAAAGAAUGUGGUAGAAAACAUAAGUCGAGAGUUCCCUACACGUGACCCACGACUUCAACAUAUUGUUACGUACAUGAUGCACUGUGAAUGCUCCAAUGAACUGAUUCUUAUAAUGUUGCUGGAACAAUUUGCAGAACUUAUUCGAGAAGAUAAUGAAAAGAUUAAAAAGAUGAAGGCUUCAGCUAAUGAGUGGAGGAAAAAACUUUUGUCCGAUUCUGAGAAAAUAGAAAAACAUUACCAGUUUUGGCAUGAAACUUACCAGAUAUACAGAAAAACUGCAGCUUUGUUUAUAAGAGGAGUGAUGACAUAUUUUGAUGAAAAAUAUGUCGCAGCAUUAGCAUACUUGAUCCAUGCUCAUAGAUUAUCCGAAGAAUUGAAGAAAAGACACAAAAAUGCCUGCCUUCCUGAACCCAAAAUUAGUGCUUUCUUUUUACGACAAACUUUAUUGCAAAUAAAUGACUGUAUAACACAGCAAUUUGAAGAUGCCAGUGAUGUAACAGCCCUGCUAGACUCUAUGAAGUCACAUGUGUUACCAUGCCUACAAACUGUCAUUAACUCUGGUAGUCAGGAGGAUAUUACAGCUGUUGAGGAAAUCAGAGAAAAAUGGUGCUCGUUUCUUGGACAAGAAAUGGAAGCACAGAAGAUAGAACAGCUACAGGACUUUUUAUCAAAACUUUUUGAGCCACCUCUAGAUUUACAUAUUCCCAAAAUUCCCAGCUUGAAACAUGAAAGCUUCCAAAAUUUAGCUAUAGAUUUUGCUAAGGUGAUGGAAAACGCACGAGAUUAUGGAUAUAUUGAAAGAGCAUUGAAAAAUUCAUGAUGUUGAUACAUGAAGAAAAACGAACUGGAGAGAUAUCAAAAUCUGAGUGUUAAAUGUGUUGUUUGCUGUAUGUUAGAUCCCAGUGACACACUGAUGUAAUAACAGCAAAGUGAAAUCCAGGUAAAAAAUACAAAACUGGUUUUAUCAAGAAAUAAAACAAUUACCAUGGUAACAUCUUUGUGGAACCAUUCACAACAGGAGUAAGUAGAAAAUACUAAAACAUGGUAAUGAUACACAUGCACACACAAACUUUAACUAACAAGGAAUAUCAUUUAUUUGCCAUAUUUAAUAUGAUACUGAAGUGAAGUGAACAGUGUUCAUACUAGAGUUUUUUGUCUUCAUGUGUGUUCCAUAAAGUGCUGGAUGUGUGUUCCAUACACUACUGGAGGACAUGUGUGUUCCAUAAAGUGCUGGAUGACUGCAUUUUAAUUUUAUGAUUCAAGUAUAAUUAGUAUUCUUAAAAUAUUAUAACUAACAUGUGAUAAACGUUAAUGUAUAAUCGAUUAAACUGUUUCCAAUUUGGUGAUAUAAGUGAUUGAACAAAACUUAAUACACAUGUAUCUUGUGAUAUGAAAGUACGUUGACCUCUUUUAUAUAUAUAUAAAAUGCGGGUUUACCCUCAGUGUCUUGUAUAACUGUGAUUAUAUAUAAAAGUAAAAAACAAAGGACAGUCAAUCUGUGACAUUAAAACUCUUGACAGUAAAGCAUUGGAAACAGAGGACUGUUCAUACUAAUGGAAUAUAACAAUUUAGUAACCCAAGAAAGAUUGUACUGACUCAAUACAGCCCAAGAAAGAUUGUAUUGGCUUCACACUGACUAGUUUGUACUGGCUCAACACUGUCAAGAGAAUAAUACAAAAUAAUGUCCAUAUUGGUCUUCAAUUUUUAAAUAGAUUUAUGAUUACAGAUUUUGGGGGGGGGGGGGGUUGUAAAUU